AUGCAGGACGAGCAGCGCAGAAGCUUUGCCGGAGUCAAUUUCCGAGCCUUCUCAGAAGAGCAGUGCUCUCGAUGGAUGAAUCUCCUCCUGGAGGAGGCCUGCUGGAUUCAACUUCCAGGCGUGCCCCGGAAAGUGAUCUGGUACGUGUCUGAGGAUUGUGCAGAUGUCCCGUAUCGCUAUUCUGGCCUGGAGUUUCCGGCGACCGUCUAUCCGCCAUUCAUGCAGGAGAUUUGCAAGGAGCUUUGCACGCUCUGCGGCAUCCCUGAGGGCCACUACCCCAACUGCUGCAACGUGAACGUCUACGACGACGGUAGCCAAGAGGUCGGCUGGCACAGCGAUGAUGAAGUUCUGUUUCAGGGCCUAGCCGGUGACACGCGGAUUCUAUCUCUCUCGCUCGGUUCUGCGCGAGACUUUAGUUGGAGACUUCAAGGCACCUCCGAAGUGUUGGGAACAGUUGCACUGGGAGAUGGCGAUGUGGCUACAAUGGAAGGUCUCUUUCAGAGGCACUACAAGCAUGCAGUGCCUGCCACGAGCCAGCCCUGUGGAAAGCGGAUAAACCUCACCUUUCGCUGGAUCAAGGUGAAGGCCGACGGGGUCGAUGCUGGUGUGGCAGCUGUAAGGUGA